GAAGUGUUUUCCUCCCGGUCUUCCGGGUUGGAGUUCGUGUAGGAGCCGAACUUGUUGUGUCGGAGCGAUGGCCGAGGAUCCUGCGCUGUCUCUCCGGGUCUCGGAGAUUAAGAACCCGGCGGGUCUUUUCGAGCGCUACAACACCGACGAGAUUCGCGGGAUCGAGCGCAAAGUCCGCGGGGAGAUCGAGCAGAAGAAGGAGGAGCUAAGGCAGAUGGUGGGGGAGCGCUACCGGGACCUUAUCGACGCCGCCGACACCAUCGGGGAGAUGAGGCAGUGCUCGGAGAGCGUCGUCCAGUCCAUCCAGGACAUGCACCAGUACUGCCACCGGCUCAAACAAGGCAAAGCCGGUGUGAGCGGCUGCAGACAGGAGAGCCAGAGGCACUGGCAGGAGAAGUUUUACACCAUGGCCUCCCAGAUCAAGCUCCUCCUGGAGAUCCCAGAGCGCAUCUGGAGCGCCAUGGAGGCAUCCCAGUACCUGCAGGCCACCCAGCUUUACCUGCUGUGCUGCCACCUGCACAGUCUGCUGCAGCUGGAGACCGCGACAGGCGGCCAUUACAGCCCCAUCCUGGCCCGCUUCCCCAUUCUGGUCCGACAGGUAGCCACCACGGGACACUUCAGAUCCACCAUUCUGCUGGACAGCAGAUCUCUGCUGCGGGGCCGGGCAGUGUCAGACCAGGCUAUCGCUGAAGCUCUGGUGUCCACCAUGCUGCUGGAGGACAGCUCACCACGCCAGGCCCUGGCUGACUUCUUAUUGGCCCGGAAAGCCUCUAUCCAUCAACUGCUCAACCAACCACAGCACGGUGCGGGGAUCAAGGCUCAGGUAUGCAGCCUGGUGGAGCUGCUGGUCACCACUCUGUUCCAGGCCUACGCUGUAUUCUACCUGCCCCCAGAGGGAGGCCCUAGGCCAGGGGAGGGGCUCCUGAGCUGUGGCAUGCUCUUUUCUAUCUUAGAGAAUGUCACCUCAACCACCCCUGCAGUUAAAGUCAGGAAGGUGCUGCAGGAAGAGACGAGUACAAGCAGCUGGUUCAGGUACCUGCCUACGUCCAUCACUGAGUUCCAGCCCGCUCGUCGCACCCUGGCUCAGCCAAUCCAGAGAGAGCAACUGCGGGACACCUUGCAGCAGUGGAUUGAUAUGUGUAAGGAGGACAUCUGCCGUGGUGUCGGCAGCCUGUUAGUCUAUGUGAAGAGCCUGAAGGGGCUGGCGGCCAUCAGAGAUGCUGUGUGGGACCUCCUGUCCACAGAGUCCAUCAAUCAGCACUGGGGCACUGUGUGCCAGCACCUGCUGGAGCGCCCGCUGGCGGUCUGGGAUGACUUCCUCCAGCAGCUUUUCCUUCAGCGCCUGCAGGCCAUCACAAAAGAAGAGACUGAAGCCAUCUCAGCGAGCUCUGUCCAGCUCCUCAGCUCAGCUGUGAGGGACCUGGAGGGCCAGACCAUCCACACCUCUUCAGGGACCAACCCUGUCUCCAGCCGCGGGGCCCAGUAUGAGGUAGAUGUGGCCUCAUUCCUGUGGUCAGAGUCCCCAGGGGACCUGCUGAGUGAUGCCGGGUGGGUCAGUGUGAGCCAGCGGGGGCAGCAGCAGAGGAGUGGCCUGGCCAUGAAGACCCAGGCCCUGACACCUUGUGUUCAGAACUUCUGCUCUUCCUUGGAUGCGAAGCUGAAGGCCAGACUGGAUGACCUCCAGCACUACCUUCCCUCCCAGGACACAGGAACAUCAUGCAUGUUGGCCGUGACAGGUGGCCACCUGGUGGCGCCCCCCAAGUUCAUGAAGGGCGAGGGCCACUGUUAUUGUUAUGUGUCUUCCAGAUUCCACGAGGUCUGUGAUUGGCUGGAGAGCUUCAUCGACCCCUUUGACCUGGACGUGUUCACGCCUCCACUGAACACCAACCUCAACCGCCUGUCCCAGAGGACAUCGGUGCUGCUAGGGCUGCUGACAGGCUCAGAGAAGCAGUUCACCUCACGGAGCAGCAGUCUAAACUCCCAGGAGCCGUACAACAUCCUGCCACUGGCCAGCAGCCAGAUCAGGUUUGGACUGCUGCCUCUCAGCAUGUCCAACGUCCGGAAGUUCAAGUCUGAAUCCAGGAGUUCUGAGGCUCCUCAGCAACUGGCUCCUCCCUCCUCCACAGCAGACAGUGAGGACAGCUUCCGGCCGGGCAGCCUGUUCAGACAGCUCGCUGACCAGGACGAAGACACAGCAGCUCCGUCUUUAUUCAAACUCAGCUGGCUGUCUGGCAUGGCCAAAUAACCCUUUGUUGCUUUAUUGCUAGACUUUUUAUUUGCCUUUGCAUAAACUUUGUAAAGAUAAUAUGUAUACUAAUAAAUCUACUUUUGUCUUUUGAAAAAA